CACGCUCGCUCCUGAUUGGCCGCCUCCUCCUGUCAAUCACGCGGCGCUCAUUCCACUACCGCUCCUACAGUAAAUAUUUGUGUUUGCUCAACCGGCUGUAAUGGUGGACGACUGAGUCACAGAGACGGAAUACACCUCGAGAAGAAGAAGAAGAACGAGGACAAACGGUCGAAAGUCUGUUUUUCACCGCCAGCCGCUGCGAGAAGGACAACGAGGCUUCGUGGAAAAUGGAUGAACUCAAACAUCAAGUCAUGAUUAACCAGUUCGUCCUGACGGCGGGGUGUGCGGCAGACCAGGCGAAGCAGCUUCUGCAAGCGGCACAUUGGCAGUUCGAGACUGCACUUAGUGCCUUUUUUCAAGAAACAAAUAUUCCAUAUGGCCAUCAUCAUCAUCAAAUGAUGUGCACCCCAGCCAACACACCAGCGACGCCCCCCAACUUCCCCGACGCGCUGACCAUGUUCUCCCGGCUCAAAGCGUCCGAAAGCUUCAACAGCGGCGGCGGCAGCCCCAUGGCGGCCUCCAUGGCCACCUCGCCCCCUCCCCCUCAAGUCGGAGGCUGGGGCGUCUCACCAAAUGUACCCAACGUGCCCCAGCCCCCACAGGGACUCUGGACUCAGGGGCCGCCCCCCACGCAGCCCUGCCCCGCCUGGCCAAUGGGAGUCAACUCGCACGCGGGCGCCGAGCAGAAGGCGAGCGUAGCGAUGGAGGCGGAGAGAUGAAGGGCCGCACGGGACUGAAAAAAGGCCCCCCCUACCUCCACCCCGCGGAGGGGGGCCAGCAGGGGGGGCUGAAUGUCAAAAGGGUGGGAGGCAAUAAUGGGUGGAAAUGGGUUUGGGUCUUUUUUGGUUUUUUGUUGUUUUUUUCCCCCAAAAAUUGAGUGAUGUGAAAACGACAUCAGUCAAAGCGAGAGAAUCCAGCGACCAGGAGGAAACCGAUGCAAGUGCAGACGUAGAGAAACAAGCGCACACGUAGUAAUAACUCAAAUCUUUCUAAGUUUUUCCUAAGUAAAUGCAUAGAUAAAAGAAAUAUUAUUGAACUAAAAAAAAAAAAAACAGAAAUGGAAAAAAAAAAUGUCACGCCCAAGGAUUUAUGUGAUGUUCGAGGACUUACAAGGCAGCAAAAUUAGUUUUUUAUUUUUAGUUUUUGUUCUUCAUCUUUUUCUGCCAGUGUUUUUUUUUUUUUUUAAUCCACUGGAGUUCUGUGUUUCUGCGACGGUUUGCGCCGCAUGACGACGGACAAGCGGACUGGCAGCGGCACAGCAGUCGGGCGGGGACACAUGCGAGAGGAUGAUCAGUUUGUAAUCACAUCUGUACGCUCACCGUCUUUCAUCGAAGGUUGGGACUUUUUCUUACCUCACUUGGUGGUCACCUGACUUCUUUCAGCCAAUCAGGGAUUCUUCUUAAACCAACUGUUGCCGCCACAGGACGACGUUUUUAAAGGUUUGUUUCUUAAACACUUUUAAAUGUGGACACGUUUUUCUGGAGAUUUGGGUUAUAUUACAAGCAAAAAGAGAAAUCUUCAUUUUCCUGUAUUAUGAUGUUAUUGUUUUGUUUAAAGGAUAAGGGAGUGGCCUUCGAAAGUGGGUGGGGCUAGUUUUUUUUUUUUUUUUGUAAAGAAUGAACCAAUCAAAGCUGAAAUGGCUAUAAAUUCAGAAGAAAUCCAUCUUUUUCAGCCGAGCUGCCACUUUGCAUGUUCAGGAGAUGUUUUUGUAGCAGACGGGUCGCGGCGCCGUGUGGGAGGGGUGGAGUCUAAAUAGAGAAGGUGAGACAGCGAUUUUUUUGGGGGACACUACAAACUACUUUCAGACAUACAGCAUACAGCAUGACCCCCCCCUGCAGAGCGACCAGUGGAGGGGUUCCAGUUAGGACCCCCUCCUGGUCUGUUCAGGCUGCUGAGGGGGGGUUCAGGAGUUACCCGUGGCAAUACCUUACUUAAACGCAGGGUUGGCCCCCCCUUUUUUACGUUAGUUAGGACCUUUUUUUGUGUUAAUUUAAGAUGAGAAGAUUUUUGUUUUCAGAAAGAUACAAUAAUGAGAAAUAACCAACUUUUUAUUGUAUUGUUAGACUCGACUAAUGUUUGAUUUCAUCUUUCUGUCCAUACUUCAUACUUUAUUUGGUUAAAUCGGAGCGUUUUCUGGGUGGGCCUGUUCCUAAAUGGUUUCUCACAUAUGUCCCCCCCACCUUGUAUGACUGUAUGAGACCAUUCCCACAAUAUUUGUGGACUACCUGAUAAUUAACUUAUCAUUUUUGUGAACCUAAAUAAAUAUUGUAUGUCAACCUGGA